AUGGGGAAGCACGGCGAUGAGGUCCCCGAGCUUCGAUCUGCCGCGUGGGAUCGGGGAAGAGGCGAGAGAGAAAGAGAGAUUGAGAGUUCGUACAGUGUAGUUGAAUGCAAACUCUGGGAAGCCAUUGGUGCUGUCUCGGAAGCACAGUCGAUGUUUGAGCAGUCUACACCAGUUGGCAGAGGGAUUAGCUUCAACGUACAGAAUUCUAACCAUAACCCAUACGUGUUGGGUAUUGAAACAGUUUCAGUGUUUCACCAUAAUCCGUACGUGUUGAGUAUCAACUCGCUGUACUAUAACAGUUUCACUGAGGAUCAAAUCUCAAAAGCGAACCAUGCAGCAUCCACAGGUGCAGCUGCGCAGUCCAAUGUUUUUGAUGUGACAAGCUCGAAAUAUGGAGGGAAGACAGACUCGGAUAUUUCAGAGGCAUUGACAAUGGCAUGGAAAGAUGCUUGUGCAUCACCUUCGAUGAGCAAUGUCCUUGUUCCGAUGGGAACAUUCAAGUUAUCACAACAAGCAACGUUUGAAGGUCCUUGCAACGCUCCUAUUCAAUUUCAGCUUCAAGGAACUGUGCAAGCUCCAGAAGAUCGAAGCCAUCUCGAUGACUCCUGGGUUCAUUUUAAGGCCAUCGACAAGCUCACUUUGUCCGGGGGUGGAACUUUUGACGGACAAGGAGAGCUUUUUUGGAAGCACGGCCAUGGCUCUACCCCUGUCGAUAUUAGAUUCAAAACGGUCAACAAUUCCAUAAUUAGCGGCAUAUCUUUUAUAAACAGUGCAAAGUUCCAUAUUAGUGUCCAUGACUCCGAUAACAUUACAUUUCAGCAAGUCACCAUCACAGCACCCGAAGACAGUCAUAACACCGACGGAAUCCACAUCGCCAGUUCGAGCAGGAUCACGGUCUCCGACUCUUACAUUGCAACCGGUGAUGAUUGUGUUUCAAUUGGUGAUGGCUCCAACCAAAUCUUAGUGUCCAACAUUACUUGCGGACCAGGUCAUGGGAUAAGCAUAGGCAGCCUAGGGAAAUAUCCUGACGAACAACCGGUGGUCGGCGUCACAGUUAGGAACUGCACACUAACUGCCACAACAAACGGUGCUAGAAUCAAGACAUGGCCGGAUUCUCCAUCAGCAAGUGUUGCUAGGGAUAUACUUUAUGAAGACAUCAUCAUGGAGGAUGUGAAGAACCCUAUCCUCAUCAACCAAAACUACUGCGACAAAGGCAAGACGUGUAGGCUAGAUAAUCCAUCCAAAGUCCAAAUCAGUGACGUGAGAGCUGUCCGAUAUUGA